AUGGAACAAAGUAUUAAAUUUAUUUUUUGUGUAAAAAUUUCUAUAGUUAUAUUUUUAAAGGUUUUAUGUCAUUUUUAUAGUGACAUGAGAAGGUUUGGUAAAUUUUUGGAUGAAAAAUCUGAGUUUGGAAGAAAAUUAGAUACACGAAUUUAUCGAUUAUUAGGAAUUUAUAUAGAGGAUAUUCAUCCAUAUGUUGGAGACUUAGAAUUAAAGAUACCAUGUAAUACAAAAAAAAAGAACGAAAAAUUACUUAAAACUGAUAAUGAAAAGUGGGACAAAGAAAAAAAAGAAAAAUUAUAUAGAAGCUUAUUAUAUAAGGAACAAUUGAUUAAGAAACUUAUGAAAAAUAAAUGUACCAUGCUUCAUGGAUCAUAUUCUCAUUAUGAAAAAAAAGUAAUGAAUGGACUAAAUGAUAAUGCUUUUUUUGAAAAAAUGAUGUUAAUUAAUGAUAAGGAUUACAACAAAUUAAAGCGUAAAAAAUACAAAUUUGGACUUCGUUUACUUUUAUUAUUGUUCUUAUUGAUAUUAAUAUUACCUAUAUUAGAUUUAUCACUAGGAAAAUUUAAAACUACAGGUAGCUUAUUACUUGAAUUAUGCAAGUUAUCAGGGUAUGGUUCAACAAAUAGUCCACAGAGUGUACCUACUGCGGAUGUUUUGCCUGCUUUAUGGAUAAAUACAUGUCAAGCGAAAAGUUACAUAGGAUUUAAGAUAUUUAUUAUUUUAAUUUAUUGUUUACCUAUCUUAAUAAUGGGUAUUAUACUUAUACGGGGAAUUUUUUAUUAUUAUAAAAAUGUCAUAAAACAUAAAAAAAUUAAGUUCUUGGAAGAGUUCUAUGAGUGGUAA